AUGAAGUCCACUGUCACCUCUCUUCUUGGAUCUGCGGCCCUGGUGGCCGCUCACGGUAUCGUCAACAACGCUGUGAUCGGCGGCAAGAACUUUACUUUCUACCAGCCCUACCAGGACCCGUACAUGAAACCCGCCCCUGAACGCAUCUCUCGUGCUAUCCAGAGCAACGGUCCCGUUGAGGAUGUCACCAGCAUCGACAUUCAGUGCGGUGCUGCUACCGCCGGUAGCGGUACCAUCCCCGCCAAGCUUGUUGCUAAGGCUGCUGCCGGCGAGGAGGUCACCCUUGACUGGACCAUCUGGCCCGACUCCCACAUCGGCCCUACCAUCACCUACAUGGCCAAGUGCGCCGACAACGAUUGCACCACUUGGCAGCCUGGUAAUGACGCAGCCUGGUUUAAAAUCCAGGAGCAGGGCCGUGAGGGCACCUCCAACAACUGGGGUGCGACCCCUCUCAUGAAGGCUGGCAACUCUGGUGUCAAGUACACCAUCCCUGAGUGCAUUGCUCCCGGCCAGUACCUCGUCCGUCACGAGAUCAUUGCCCUCCACGCCGCCUCCUCCUACCCCGGUGCCCAGUUCUACCCCAGCUGCCACCAGAUCGAGGUUACCGGUUCCGGCAGCACCAACCCCUCUGACCUGGUUGCCUUUCCCGGUGCUUACAAGGGCACCGACGCUGGUAUCACCUACGACGCCUACAAGGCUCAGCCGUACACCGUCCCUGGCCCCAAGGUCUUCUCCUGCGCCGGCUCCGGCUCCGGUUCUGCCCCCGCUUCCUCUGCUGCUCCUGCAUCAUCCGCCCCUGCUGCUACCACUGCGCCCGCCACACCUAGCCAGACCGCCGUCGCCGACGACAACGAUGAGGACUGCCCCGCCACCACCACCGCCGCUGCCCCUGUUGCCACUUCUACCCAGCCUGGCGGUGAUGAGGAGGAUGACUGCCCCGCCGAGACCCCCUCUGCCACCAGCUCCACGGCGGCCUCUAGCCCUACUGCGAAGGAGGUAGAUGCCGAAGACGACUGUCCUGCCGAGACUACUGCUCCUGUCGCCACUCCCACCGCGGCCGCCGGCGACGACGAGGAUGACUGCCCUGCCGAGUCUCCCUCUGCUGCCACUCCUACUUCCACUCAGUCUGCCAACGACGAUGAGGAUGACUGCCCUGCCGAGACUCCUUCUGCCACUCCCACUCCCACUCAGUCUGCCAACGACGACGAGGACGACUGCCCCGCCGAGUCCACUGCUCCUGUCGCCACUCCCACCGCGGCCGCCGGCGACGACGAGGAAGAUUGCCCUGCGGAGACUCCCUCUGCCACUCCUCGUGCCAAGCGCAUGACCAUCCACGAACGUCGCCUCGUAUAA